AUGAGCGGGAGGAUACUCUCCCACCGACUUGCUCCGCUGAUGCGGACUGGCCUGGCACGCCAUCUUCAUAAUGCAGGCUCGCGAACAGGCGGUCUACUUCGCGCGGAUAGUGCCACUGUCAGAGGACGUGCUUGGCCGAUAGGGUCAAAUGGAAUUCACAAUGUGCCGGCUGUCCGAGCCUUUUCCUUCAGUCGCAUGCUCCCAAAGCUUGCCCUCAAGCUUGUCCGCGUGCCUGCCAUGUUUGGUGGAGCGACUAUUGCGGGGUUGGCUUAUUUCCAGUAUCAAGCAACUCAAGCUGGAAACUACGCAAUGGAUAUGUUGAAGACCUUUGGGGAGACCGCCGGGAAUACGGCAUCAGGUAUUUUCCAGAGUAUUCAGGAUGUGGCGGAACAAACACAACGCGGGUGGGAGAAGACAACAGAGGAUGUGGAUCUCCCAGAGUGGCUACAGAAAGUCCUCAGACUUGAUGAGGAGUCCAAGAAUCAAAGAGGCAGCUCAGGCGAAGGUGGCAGGGAGCCAAAGGAGGGCCGAGCUGCCGUGGGAGCAGCAGCAGCAACAGGUUCCGCGUUUGGUUACGAACAGUCGGACGAGGAAGAUUCUCGACCCGAAAAGGAAGUCGCUGAAGAUGACCAGAUGAUGCUGUUGACUCGCAAAAUGAUCGAAAUUCGAAACAUACUGCAAACAGUUGGCCAAUCCGGAACCUUGACUCUUCCAUCGAUCGUCGUUAUCGGAUCUCAGUCUUCUGGCAAGAGCUCGGUUCUGGAAGCUAUCGUGGGACAUGAGUUCUUACCCAAAGGGUCAAACAUGGUAACUCGCCGGCCCAUCGAGCUGACCCUCGUCAAUACUCCUAAUGCUCAGGCGGAAUAUGGUGAAUUCCCUGCUUUGGGUCUCGGCAAAAUCACGGACUUUUCUCAAAUCCAGCGCACUCUAACAGACUUGAACCUUGCUGUUCCUGACAAGGAUUGCGUGUCAGACGAUCCUAUUCAACUAACUAUCUACUCUCCAAAUGUCCCGGAUCUCUCAAUGAUUGAUCUCCCGGGAUACAUUCAGGUGGCUGGCCAUGACCAGCCUCCUGAGUUGAAGCAGAAAAUCUCCGAUCUCUGUGACAAGUACAUCCAAGCCCCCAACGUCGUCUUGGCUAUCUCUGCAGCCGAUGUUGAUCUGGCGAACUCGACUGCACUUAGAGCCAGCCGCCGCGUAGAUCCUCGUGGCGAACGGACUAUCGGUGUUAUCACAAAAAUGGACCUGGUCGACCCUGAGCGAGGGUAUGAUAUUCUCACCGACAAGAAGUACCCUCUUCGCUUGGGUUAUGUGGGUGUCGUGAGCCGGAUUCCCCAAACCACUGCGCUCUUCUCUCGGGGCUCCGGAAACAUCACCAGCGCCAUCUUGAAGAAUGAAAACGCCUAUUUUUCAGCGCACCCAAGCGAAUUUGGCCCUCACUCCGAAACCUCCGUUGGGGUCUCGACCCUGCGAAAGAAACUGAUGCACGUUCUUGAGCAGACUAUGGCAUCCAGUUUGUCAGGAACCAGAGAUGCAAUUAGCCAGGAGCUUGAAGAAGCAACAUACGAAUUCAAAGUGCAGUACAACGAUCGGCCUCUGAGCGCUGAGUCUUAUCUCGCUGAGAGCUUGGAUAGUUUCAAGCAUUCAUUUAAGGCAUUUGCCGAAAGCUUUGGCCGCCCACAGGUUCGAGAAAUGCUCAAGGCAGAGCUUGAUCAACGUGUUAUGGAUAUUCUUGCCCAACGAUAUUGGAACAAGCCUGUUGAGGACUUGAAUCCUCCAAUGACAGAGUUGGACCCUCUCAAGGAUCUGCCCAAGGCUGAUCCAGAGUCUCUGUUCUGGCACCGGAAACUCGAUGCCUCCACGUCAUCUCUGACAAAAUUGGGUAUUGGUCGACUUGCUACCACUGUAGUUGCCAGUGCUUUGCAAACCCAUGUGGAUCAUCUUCUCUCAUCUUCUACUUUUGCGUCUCAUCCAGGCGCCCAUAAGCAGAUCACCGAUGCCUGCAACAGCAUCCUCAAUGAUCGGUUCUUCAGCACGAGCGAUCAAGUUGAAAACUGCAUCAAGCCCUACAAGUUUGAAAUCGAGGUGGACGACUCUGAAUGGUCAAAAGGGAGGGAAAAUGUGAGCAAAGUGCUGAAGGAGGAGCUUCGAGCAUGCGAGGUGGCUAUGAAGCACGUGGAAGAUCAGAUUGGCAAGCGCAAGCUCAAGGAUGUCAUGUCUUUCAUCGACAAGGUUCGAAAGGGCGAUGUGUUAUUGGAAGGCAAUGGUGCUGGUGGAGCUGGAGGCUUCAGCUCUGCCCUUCUAGAGCGAGGCCGCGAGGGAGUUUUCCUCCGCGAUCGAGUCGAUCUUAUCAAGAUGAGACUUAUGGCUGUUCGCUCGAAGCAGUGCGCCACGCUGAAGAACAAAUACUACUGCCCGGAGGUAUUCCUCGAUGUCGUUGCGGAUAAGCUCACCUCUACUGCGGUCCUUUUCCUCAAUGUCGAGCUUCUCUCCGAGUUCUACUACAACUUCCCGCGUGAGCUCGACCUGCGUCUUGGUAGGCAUCUCUCCGACGCCGAAGUUGAGCGCUUCGCUCGUGAAGACCCCCGAAUCCGGCGCCACCUCGACAUCAUCCGUAAGAAGGAGCUGUUGGAGUUAGCCCUACAGAAGAUCGAAGGUAUUCGUCAACUCGAUGGCCGCAGCUCGCACCGAAACUCGGACCGUGCGCAGAGUCCCAAAGAACCCCGAAGCCGUUGGAAUAUUUUCUAA